UGUUUUCGUGUGACACGCAUUGGCAAGCAUUUCCGCCAUAUUGAGAAAAAGGAAAACAAAUAUCCAUAUGAAAAUUGUGUCUAGUCAAAAGAAAACCUAACAUUUCUGGUUUUUUAACUGCCAGUCAAAACCAGAAACAUGUUCCCUAUACCACCAGGUACAACAAUUGACAACGGCUUCAAAAGUACCCAACUGAAUGGUACACUCGGUGGGUCUUCACCAUUUGCAUUUCCCGUGCCGGAAGUGCCGCCCACCACACUGCCUUACUUGGGCCUGCCCCAACAGUUCCAGGAGCCCCCUCCCACCACACCACCCAUCGAUUUCCUGUGCCCACAACGCCCCAACCAGGGCACUGAGGGUCGUCCCAUCGCGCUCCGGGCCAACCACUUCCAGGUCCGCAUACCAAAAGGCUUCAUAAACCACUAUGACAUCAGCAUUACACCCGAUAAAUGUCCACGAAGAGUCAACAGAGAGAUCAUCGAGACCAUGGUGACAGCGUACAGCCAAAAGAUUUUCCAGGGUGCAAAACCAGUGUUUGACGGCCGUAAAAACCUCUACAGUCGAGACCCACUCCCCAUCGGCAAGGAAAAGAUCGAGUUAGAAGUAACAUUACCUGGUGAGGGCAAAGAUCGUGUUUUCACCAUCCAAGUGAAAUGGGUGGACCAGGUGUCCCUUUACGCCCUGGAGGAGGCCUUGGAAGGAAGGGGGCGAACCAUUCCCUUCGACUCUGUCCAGGCCCUCGAUGUCAUCAUGCGGCAUCUGCCUAGUCUUACAUACACACCUGUGGGACGCUCAUUUUUCUCACCCCCUGAGGGUUACGACCACCCCUUGGGUGGGGGAAGGGAGGUAUGGUUUGGCUUCCAUCAGAGUGUGAGACCCUCACUGUGGAAAAUGAUGCUCAACAUUGAUGUGUCGGCUACUGCGUUCUACAAGCAGCAGCCGGUGAUCGAGUUCAUGUGUGAGGUCCUGGAUAUGAAGGACAUGUCUGAACAGAAACGUCCCCUUACUGACUCCCAGAGGGUCAAGUUCACCAAGGAAAUCAAAGGUCUGAAGGUUGAGAUCACCCACUGUGGGACCAUGAAGAGGAAAUACAGGGUGUGUAACGUCACACGCAGACCCGCACAAACACAGUCAUUCCCUCUGCAGUUGGACUCUGGCCAGACAGUAGAGUGCACAGUUGCCAGGUAUUUCCUGGAGAGGUACAAGAUGAAGCUCCAGCAUCCCCACCUGCCCUGUCUACAAGUGGGACAGGAGCAGAAACACACAUACCUGCCCCUAGAGGUGUGCAACGUGGUUGGCGGCCAGCGGUGUAUCAAGAAGCUGACGGACAACCAGACCUCUACCAUGAUCAAGGCGACAGCGAGAUCUGCCCCAGACAGGGAGAAGGAAAUCAACAAUCUGGUGCGGAAGGCAAACUUCAACUCAGACCCAUACCUACAGACGUUUGGUAUCAGCAUCAUCCCACAGAUGGUUGACGUACACGGGCGUGUGCUGAACCCGCCAAAAAUACAGUAUGGCGGCAGGACGAAAGCUCAGGCGAUCCCCAAUCAAGGUGUGUGGGAUAUGAGAGGGAAACAGUUUUACAGCGGGAUAGAGAUUCGGGUGUGGGCUAUUGCCUGCUUCGCCCCUCAGAGAACUGUGAGAGAAGAUGCCCUUAGGAACUUCACCCAGCAGCUUCAGCGGAUCUCAAAUGAUGCAGGAAUGCCGAUUCUGGGCCAGCCAUGCUUUUGCAAGUACGCUACAGGCCCCGACCAGGUGGAACCCAUGUUCCGAUAUCUGAAGAACACCUACCAGGGCCUCCAAGUAAUAGUUGUAGUCCUGCCUGGCAAGACGCCUGUUUAUGCUGAGGUCAAGCGUGUGGGUGAUAUCAUGUUUGGGCUGGCAACCCAGUGUGUUCAAGCGAAGAAUGUGAACAAGACCACGCCUCAAACACUCUCCAAUCUGUGCCUCAAGAUCAACGUGAAACUGGGAGGCAUCAACAACAUCCUCCUCCCCAGUAUACGUCCUACCGUGUUUAGAGAGCCCGUGAUUUUCCUGGGCGCGGACGUGACCCAUCCGCCCGCAGGUGACGCUAGCAAACCAUCCAUUGCUGCUGUUGUAGCAAGUAUGGAUGCCCACCCUAGCCGGUACUCGGCGACUGUGCGAGUCCAGCAGCACCGUCAGGAGAUCAUCCAGGAGCUGGCAUCCAUGGUGAAGGAGCUGUUGAUACAGUUUUACAAGGCGACACGCUUCAAGCCGACACGUAUCAUCUUCUACAGGGACGGUGUCUCUGAGGGACAGUUCCAGUCCGUGCUAUCCCAUGAACUGCGAGCAAUCCGUGAAGCCUGCAUGAAGCUCGAGGCCGACUACCAGCCUGGUAUUACAUUCAUUGUAGUCCAGAAACGCCACCACACACGCCUGUUCUGCGCCGACCGCAAGGACCAGAUAGGUCGCAGCGGUAACAUCCCUGCCGGCACCACCGUUGAUGUUGGUAUCACUCACCCCACUGAGUUUGAUUUCUACCUGUGUAGCCAUGCUGGUAUACAGGGUACCAGUCGCCCCUCCCACUACCAUGUUCUCUGGGACGACAACCGAUUCUCUGCAGACGAGCUUCAGAUGUUGACAUACCAGCUGUGCCAUACGUAUGUGCGGUGUACGCGCAGUGUCUCAAUUCCCGCUCCCGCGUACUACGCCCAUCUGGUCGCCUUCCGUGCACGAUACCACCUCGUAGAGAAGGAACAUGACAGCGGCGAAGGCAGCAGAUACUCGGACAACAGUGACGAAAGAGCUCCUUCUGUGAUGGCCCGCGCCGUUACUGUGCAUCCUGACACUGUUCGCUACAUGUACUUUGCAUGAACUCUGUGCAAUACUAGAACACUCCACUGUAUGACUUCCUGUCAGAAAACACAGUUUAGCUUACGACUAUGGACACAUGUCCAUUUUUGUGAUACUCCAGUAUAUAAUCAUGUGAAAUUGAACUUUUUGACACCUAAUGCUGGAACGAUAAUUUUUAUCAGAACUAAAUAUUCAUAAAUAGGAAGAAAAUCAUGUAAAUAAUCAAAUGACACAUUGAGGGCGACUUUUCUCUGAAUUUUCUUGUCCGAUGUGGUUGUAUUGUGAAAUUAGCAGGGUUAAAAAGGUCAUUGUCGAGUAUGAUUUUGUGAGAUGAUUUGUUAAACUAGUGGAAUAUGUGAUAAUCUCAAGUCAGUUUCAGUUUAAUCAGGCAAAAAAGGAUGCAAAUCAUGUCUUAUUAUAGAUGCCUUCUUGUCAUGUCUGAAUCAAUAUUUUGUAUUUGCAAUAUUCCAAAAAUCUACUUGUGCAAGAUAGUAAGUGUGAAGUCAGGGAGCAACUAGUCUCCUAAUAGAUAAUCAAGAAAGGACAGGUCCUAAAAAUUUUACUUGAUUUUUUAGAUUUGAGAAGCACAAUAAGUUGAUUUAUUCAUAUGAUAGAUUAUUUGAUCAUGUUGAAAUAAGUCAUUAAUGCCUUUGUUUCUUUUGACUUGCUGUACUGAACAGAAUCUAAGAUCUUUAUGAUUGAUUUGAAAUGUUAUUAGGCCAAAGUAUGUGUAGAUGAUUUUCAAAACAAAUACAAUCAUCUCGUUAUCUGUGUAAUGAAAUGCCUUGUCUGACUUCAUUUCCAUUUCCGUACUUGAUAUCUUGUGUAUGAAUGCUCUUGUUGGACAAUACCUAAAACUUCACCUGUUUGUGAAAAAAACGAUGUAACAUAGAAGCUCGGUGUGUGAUACCAGUGGUGUUAUUUUAAGAAACACAGUGAUGGUAUUGGCUAAUGUCUUGGUUGCAAUUUAUUUGUGUAUAUGUGAUAAAAGUUCAAGUGAUAGCUUUGUCUGUUUCAGUUACACAUUUGGCAUUGAACAUGUUGGAAAAAAUACUUGAAUGUGCUUGUUAUUUUCAUGACUUGCUUAAUAUACAGGAACUAAUUUUUGAGUUUUUGAGAGUUACAAGCUUAAGUUGCUUAUUUUAUUAAGCCAAAUCUGGCAUUUAAACUCGAUUUUAUGAAAUGAAAAUUAGUAAGCGUGCUUAUUAUAAAAAUAAUUCCAUUUUUAAGUCCAAAAAAUAUGACCAUUUCAAAAAAAAAGUUUAUACCAGAAUUAUGUAAUUGAAACGGACAAGGGUUUUUGACAAUGGUGAGGAUCUAAUUCUAGUAUUAAAUGGCAUAGAUGUUGAUUUUAGUCUGUCAGGUGCAGCUAUUAGUGUAGUUUAUAAGCUACAGAAUAUAUCAUGUUUUUGUAUAGAGUUUAUAGGCAAUAUUUUUGCAAGUCAUAUCUGCAUUAUAUUAUUAUAUUUCUUCACAGUUGUUGCUCUAGACUCAAAAUAUUUUAGGGAUAUGAAUAUUGAAAAGAAAGUAUUUUUGCUCAUAAGAAAUAAAGAUAACUUUCAUAAGUAACCAAAUUCAUCUGGAUGGUCAUAUCAACAUGAGAGUGUGGAUGAAUUUUGAACAUUUUACAUACAUAGCUAGGUUUGAUUUAUUACGAAGACUGGUGAUUUGCAGUAGCGAGGGCGGGAGCAGUCGUAACUCGUCCGACCAUGGGGACGACCGAUCCACGGGUAUUAUGGCUCGCACAGUCACGCUACACCCCGACACCGUCAACGUCAUGUACUUUGCCUAGUUUACUCUUCAGGGACCCGUUUCGAUAAAGAUCUAGGUCGAUCUUAGUCAAAAAUUGAAGUUCUCUGCAUCAUAGAUUCAUUAUAAGUUAGUAUUAAAAAUGAACACAAGGUUGAGGAAAUCAAUGUGUUGCCAUGUCUGAUGUUUGUACAGAUUUAAGUUAUGACUGAAAUCCUUUAUUGAAAUGAGGCCCUGGGGAUUUGGUUGAGGAAUAAAAAAUAUAGAAAUAAGGAUUUAUUACUUCAUGAUGAUAAUUUUAAGAAUGAUAUUUUUCUCUCUUCUAAAUUGUCUCAAUUUUGGUAAUAACAAUAUUCAGCUAGCUGAACUCUUCAAAUUUAAAAAGAAAAUACUUUUAUCUAUAUAGUUUUUCAAGCAAUAUGUUGGAAUGUCAAGUCUUUCCCUUAAAUUAAAAACGUUGCAUCUCCUAUUUUAAAAUUCCUUGCAUGGUUUCCAAAAAAAUCAUUUGAUACAGAACUUUUAAAAGAUAAAAUCUAGUUUUAAACAUUCUUAUAAGAUUCAAAAAAUAAUACAGAUAUGUGGUAGUAUGAUAGUUAUACAUAGUUCAACAUUUAUGUCCGCUCAUAUCACUACAUGUUUACGAAGCCCCAGCAGAUUUUAUCAUUAUAAUUAAUCCCAUAUGAAUCCCAAGUUUAAAUGUAUGCUGUGAUGUAUUAGGUAUAUCUUGCCGUAUUGAUAUGCUUGUGCUAGGUUGAACGCGUAAAUGAAUUUUCAUUAUUUCAAAGAUGUUUUAACUAUUGUAUUUUACUGUUUAUUAUUAUGUACAUGUAUUUAAUGACCAUAAAGGCGGGAUCUUUUAAUUUGAUAAAUUUGUCUAUUUAUAAACUUUGUUCUGUUUUGCAAAAGUGGUAUAAAAUUUUGUAAUGUGUAAUGAAAUUCUAUUGGUUAAGCUUAGAAAUGAUCAGCCAAUAGCAACUUUUCAUUGAAAUUUGUCCAUGUUUGCUAUUGGUUGAUUUAAAUGAGGCGCAGACCAAUGGAAAUGUAGAUUAGAAAUGUGUUUAUCAUGUUAAGCAAUAUUGGUUGCCACUUGAAUCAUGUUUAAUAAACAAUAGUAUUUAUUUUUUGAUGCAUUUGUUUGCCAUUGUUAUUUGCACUGAUACCAAAAUCAUUUCUGACAUUCUGAUUCAAAAAUCAUGACAAUAUUGAUCAUGAUUGGAAUCUUUUUAUUUUGUCAUUCAUCGUUUUGCCAAAAUCAUAAAAAAAAAGUUAAUACUAGGAAAUAAGAAGUUGAUCAAAGACUCGAUCAAAAAAGACAAUUUUAGGGAUCAAAGCUGACAAAGAGCAUGUUUUAAAAUAGAUCAAAGUAAGGUUUAUGCUGUAUUCAUACAUCGAACAAAAUGUUCAUUAUAGAAAAAAAUGGGUGAAAAAUUCUUUGUUUUGAAAAUGGGUAACUGAUGUUAGAUUUGAAGACUACAGUCGUAGCCAUUUAAUCAUGUUUAGUAAAUUGUUUUAUAUCUAAAUGGUAUCAAUAUUCCUUUAACAAAUAAUUACUUGUACAUUAUAAUAAAGUCAAAUUAUAUA